CAGUGGUAAACAGACGUCAGAAGGGAGUCUUCGCCUCGAGUCAAAACAAAACAAAACAAAACAAGUCAAAAAGACUGCGAAUGAGUGAAUAUUCAGGCCGUAACGACGACAGGAACCCCCGCCGAACUCACCGCUGACCUGAAGCGGAAACUUGAAGGGAGUUGUGUGACGGUUUUCGCGGACUUUUCCACGGAUUGUAAACUCUGGAGUAGCAGCAGCUUAACCAGCUAACGUUGCUGUCGUGCGUUUUUCAAAGUGCGGCGAGUGAAGUGGGGAGCUUCAUCCGGAGCUCGGAGGACACCCAGCUUCACCCAUCAGCCGGGGACACGCUUCGUGGUUGUUCGUUUGCUUUACCGACACAUCGGGCGAAGAUCGGCCGAGCUGCGGGCCGCGGUCGAAGGAGGAGUUUUGUGCGAGCAUCGUGUGCCGCGGCAGGAGUGUGGAGAAACAUGGCAGAUGGUUACAUGCGCCUGCCCGCAAUGUGGCGGCGGAACGGUCAGACCUAAAGCACGGACUUUACUCACCUCCUCUCCGCCGUCUUCACAUUUGUACUCACUCAUCACGACUAAAACCAUCACCGUCGUCCGCCUUUCUCGAAUCUCUGCGGUUGUUUUGUGGAUUUAAUUAAAGGCCACAGCUGUUUUUUUAAACUUAAAAGACAGUGGAUGUUCGGAUAAUCUGGCGUUUUUUACUCUUUCACUCACCGGACUGGCUUUUGACUGUUUUGGGGGGUCAUUUUGGUUUUAUUUUAUGUUAAUUUAAUUUAAAGUUUGUUUGUGGUUUUUUUGGAGACGCUCAGACACCACGUUGUUUACUAGUGGAGACGGAGAGGCGGGCUUAAUCCCUGUUUGUACACUUUACAGUAUAAAAAAAAUCUCCCGAAUUUUAACAUUUUAACAUAUACCUAAUUUGAUACAUCAGGUACAAAACUCAUUGUAAUGUUUUUAUUGUAAAUUGUUACCCAUUGACUCCUUGUAAUGCACUUUUGCAUCAUUUUCCCACUGACAAUUUAGAGAUUUGGAAAAUGUAUUGAUAUUUUAUAGAUAUCAAGAUCGAAUAAUCAAGAAAAUAUCUGAUUAAUGUGUUAUGAUAAUUGUUAGUGGCAGUCAUAAUUGACAAAUAUUUAGACAUUUUGUUUAUGGAUAGCAUUUGUAAUAUUUUAUAUUCAAAUCCUUGGUUCCUUGAUUAACCCAGACUGUGCAGAUCCAGAUGUUUUGCUGCUCGCUGCCACUCUACAGUCACUUUUGUUUUUUUUAUUUCCAUUCAAACAAAGAGACAUCUCAGUCCUCAUUCAUUCUAUAUAAAUCGGAAGCUUUAUGAUAGUUACUAUUAAGGAGAUUAUUUGGGUUCCCUAAUCUCCAAUCUGAGGAUUACCCGAGGCUGUUGGUGUGUCCAGAUUAUUACGUCUCUACUUUAGGCCCCUCAGUGGGUGAAGCAUCUUGUUUUGUGUCAGCAAGUUUUUGUUUGUUUGUUUUGUUUUUUUGAAGCAUCAUCCACUCAAAGUUAACUUUAAUUUUUAAAGGUGGAUGUUGUAAGUGGCUGCCGUCUUUGUGUUUGAGUGUAAAUCCAGCGGACAGUCAUGGAGGAGUCAUCGGUGCCCCCGAUUGACCCAGAUUUUGAGCCACAGAGCAGACCCCGCUCCUGCACGUGGCCGCUGCCCAGACCAGACAUCUCCACUGUCAAAGCGGAGGGCGCGGAUGGCGCCGAGUCCGCCGCCGGUACACCGCCCGCCGACGAGGACAAGCCCGAGCCACAGCAAAUCACGUCCGAGCCCGAGAAGGCGGCGGCGGCGGCCGAGGGCGGAGUCGUGGCCGGUGUAGGCGGAGCCGGCGCGACACCAAGGAAAGGCUCGUCCCGGCGCAACGCGUGGGGGAACCAGAGCUACGCGGAUCUGAUCUGCCAGGCCAUCGAGGACUCACCUGAGAAGAGGCUGACCCUGGCACAGAUCUACGAGUGGAUGGUGAAGACAGUGCCUUACUUCAGAGACAAAGGGGACAGCAACAGCUCAGCAGGCUGGAAGAAUUCCAUCCGCCACAAUCUAUCACUCCACAACAAGUUCCUGAGGGUACACAAUGAGUCGACAGGAAAGAGCUCCUGGUGGAUGCUCAACCCAGAAGGAGGGAAGACUGGGAAAGCUCCUCGUCGUCGAGCCGCCUCCAUGGACAACAGCAGUAAACUGCUGAAGAGCCGCAUGAGGGCCAAGCAGACAAAGAAGCAGGCGGGAGCGGCCGGCCUCGCCAGUGCCGGAGGGACACUGCAAGGUGACGGGAGCACGGGCUCAGCGGGUGCAGACAGCCCGAAUUCGUCCCAGCAGUUUCCCAAAUGGGGGGUCAACAGCAGUAGCCCAUCAUCUCGUGGCAGCCUGGACGACACUGACAUGUGGACCACUUUCCGUCCACGCACAAGCUCUAAUGCCAGCACCCUGAGUGGACGUCUGUCCCCCAUUGCCCCUGGACAGGAGGAUGACGACAGCCUGCCCGAGGAUGGGCUGCUUGGAAGAUACCCUGCCAGGAGCUUGACCCCCACACUCACUGAAACCCUCAUGGAGGAACUGGAUCUGAUCGACGGCCUCACGUUGAUGCAGGGAGGGGCCAGUCCCAGCACAGCCCCACCAGCACCUCCCACUCCACUGCCGUCCGCCUCCACACUGCUGCCCCGAGGAUCCAGCUUCUCCUCCUUCCAUCAGCUGCAGUCGUCUAACCUUCCGCAGGCCCCCACCCACAACCAAACCCAGACCCAGGCUUCCAUCUCCCAGUGUGGACCUAGCAGCAAAGAGCCAUCCACCUUCAGCAACUCCCUCUUCAACCCCAUGUCCGGCUCUGGCUCUCGCGGGAGCGGUCACUACAGCAGCCAUGUGCCCUCCAGUCUGGAGGCACUGCUCACCUCUGACUCCCCUCCUCCGAGCGAUGUCCUGAUGACCCAGGUGGAUCCCAUCAUGCCCAGUCCCGGAAGGGUAGGCCUGAUGGGUUUGGGUUCAUCUGUGGUGGGUGUGAGGUCCAAACCCAAUCAGCUGCUCUUAGGUAAAGGGCUAGAGCCAAACACAGUGGCCCCCAUGGCUCUGCAGACUCAGAUGCAGCCACAGCAGCAGCACCACUUGCACCAGCACUCACCACAACAACAACAACAACAACAACAACAACAACAACAACAACAACAACAACAGCAUCACUCUCACAUGGGGCUGGGGAUGAUCCUCUCAGGUAUGUCUCAGGACCCAUCACAGCUCUCGGUGCUUAAAGCCCAGCAUGCCACGAUGCCAGCACUGGGCUCUCUUCAUGGAGGGCACGGCGUGGGUCCGCAGGUGAUGGGUCACUUUGGAGCUCCAUCCUUCCUCCCCACCGGUCAGGACCGACUGCCCACAGAUUUGGACAUAGAGAUGUUCACGGAAAACCUGGAUUGUGACGUGGACUACAUCAUCAACAGUGACCUCAUGGACGGAGAUGGCCUUGACUUCAACUUUGACCCCAUAUUGCCUGGUACCCAAAGCUAUGCAGGCCCGGCCACCACACAAGGCUCCGCUCACAACUGGGUCCCCAGCUAAUUCUUCAGCUGACCACAAGAAGCCAGGAAGUGAUCUCCACUGAAGAAGAGCUCACCAUACGACUAAACGACCGGUGCAUCCCUCCUCCCUGGUGGCUGACAGACGCGACACUUCCACUUGGAUUUUAAAACCAGACCUCACUCACGUCAUGUGCCAACACAUGCAGAGGACAGGGAGGAGAUGCAGCUACUUAUGCACACAUUCUCCUUUCUUUCUGUUUUUUUGUAACAACAGUUUGGCUGCUAGCCAUUUUUACCUUUUGAAUCCUUACUGAUCAUUGUUUUGAGACGUGUGAAAAAAAAAAUGCUUUUAAGAGUUAUAAAAAAAAAUCAUGAGCUUCCCACUGCAGGGAGUUUAUGGUACAGUUAUGUUUCACCACGAUAGCUUUAGGGCCGAUAUGGUACCCCCCACUGGUUCUGAAGACUUGGCGGACUGAGAGUGUGUGGAGAAAUGGCCAGUUUCCCCAUCAGCGCUUUCGCACGAAUUGCCAGACCAAAAUGCUGUUUGAUCGUCGUCUGACGUGACUCUGCUGCACCAGCUCCUCUCCUCCAGAGGAAAACGAAAUAAGAACUCUGAGGACGUGCAACUGUGUUGUGAUGAGGUGAAAAAAGAUUUAACAAAAAAAAAAAAAAAGACUGGACGACUCUAGAUGUAAAAUGUUUGCGUGAACAUUGGCGACACAUCUUCGGACUCCCUUUAGAGAAAACAAAGUUCAAACGUUAGUUUAAAGACUGAUUGUUUUUUUUUUUAGUUAAAGAAACUAGACACUUAACUGUGGUUUAAAUAAAAAGAAAAAAAGACAAACAGCGAAACAUUUCACUCAUCUGAACUUGGACAGUCCUAAUAACAGUUAUUUGUGUUAUACCUCUCAUAGUGAUAUACACUAUAUUAAACUAUCAUAACAUUUUACAACAUUUUUUUAUAUAUAUAUAUAUAAAUAAAUAUAUACAUAUAUAUAUUGCUGUUGAAGAACAUUGUUGUUUUUAUCAUCUAGAUCUAAUUUGGUGGUUUGGCAGUUAGGAGGGGAUGUAUUUGCAGUUUGGCAUUUUUCAAUCCAGUGUGUUUUGGUAGAUUUCGAGUUUGAGGGUGUUUUUCUUCCCCUCUUAAUUUUUUUUGUUUUUUUUUUUCACUCCCUGACGUGCAGUUAAACUAAAAAAAAAAGAAUGAAGAAAUGUGAUUUGUGACAUACAAGGGGCAUUCAAGGGUAAAUUUAUUUGCCAACAAGUGAUUGGUUGGCCAAGUAUUAUUACAUUGUCUUACGCAGCAAUAUGCCUCCAAUGUCAAAUGGUCUGAUUUAUUUUUCUUCUUGUUUUUUGUUUUCUUUGCUGUGCAUUUUCAAGGCACUUAUUAGGUUUCCUGGGACACAGGGACCCCGAACUUAGAGAAUACAUCCACUUUAAGGGUUGUACCAUUUCAUUAUGAAAGAAAUAUGUAUUUUUUAAAAGAGGAAAAAAUUUACAAAUUGCAUAUGUACAUGUUGUCACGCUAUGCAGAUUUACUAUCAGGAGAACAAAAUGGAAUCUUGAAGGAAAUUUGAAAGAAAAAACAAACAAAUGGCUCCUUGAAGGGUUUUGCUAUUUAAGAUUUUCCCUGAUAUUUUUUUGUCAAAGGUGUGGGUGCUUCAUGUCACGAUUAUCCUCUCACACGUCAAUUAUCAAGAAAUUAAAAUCACUGUGUGAGACGUACAACAACAAAAGAAAGAAUAUAUUUGAUUAUAGUUUUAAUAUACAAUUUAGUCAGAGGUAACAAAUGAGAUAUUAACACAUAUAAAUAUAUUAGUAAUGAUGAUUCUUUCUUUUGGAAACUUUUGCAGAUGAUUUUUAACGGUAAUUUUCUAUACUUUUUAUUUUUGUACAGGAUGAGAUGCAUGUAGAGUUUUUUUUACAUAACCAAAGGAACACUAAUAUUUGCAUUCGCAUGGCAUUUAUGGAGCGCUUCGCCCCGACACAGUCUCUCCAUGUACAUAAGCUUUGCAAGAGUCGCCUUUAAACAUUAAAUCUGAGUUAGAACGAUGCGUUAACACGAGACCCCCCUUUUUUUAUAUCUAAAAAAAACAAAUCCCUAUGACCUGCUUCAUUUCCUGCAUUAAUUGUGAACCUUUUUUCUUUUGUCUUUUCUCUAAAUAACAAAAACUCUGUGCUGUCGUGUGGCACGAUCAUAAACAAACCUCCGCCGUGCCGCCUUCUCAUCUCAAAACAAGACUAAUGCAACCGUUACCUCUCAGGGCCACUCGGAAGAAAACACGACUCUGCACAGAUGUGAUCUGAAAACAUGACAAAAGUCUCUUUUCUUUUCUUUUCUACACAUUUUCUCUGACUGGAAACAAAUGCGCCACAUCUUAUGUUUUGUUUCCCUGGAGACGAAGAAAGAGAUAGAAUCAUGUCAUGUCACAUCUCUCCAGUCGUGUCUAUCAGUACCAGCCUGUCCAAUGUUUUUCUGUUUUUAAUAACUGCCAACAUUCAAAACACUAUAGCAUGAUGUUAAUCUGUAGCAGGACACACGUGAUUCUGCGAUUUCUCCUUCCCCUGCCCAUUUUAGAAUGUUCUGUUUGUGUGUAAAUGAAUUUGUUCAUAAUGUCAGAACAUCCCAGCAGUUAAAUUCUUCAUAUUCAUCAUUUCACUGUAGCUAUGUGAAUAUGUUAGCCUCUGGUUUAUAUAAAGCAAGCUCUCUUUUCCCCCCCUCUUUUACUCUUAUCAUUAUUAAUAUUAUUAUUAUUAUUGUUGUUAUUGUUGUUUUAAAGGUGCUAGAUGUCAUUUCUGACACAUCCUGGAGAAGGCCGUGACACAGUGGGUGCAAGUCAGGGCCUUUGCAUUUUCUGUAUUCAGAACAAAGAUCUUGAUUUGGUGUGAUGGCAGAAGUUGGCACGCAAUAGUCCUCUUCUAUUUUUUUUUUAAAAUUAAUUUAAAUAUCUAUAUAUUAAAAAAAAAUCCCCCAAAUCAAUGGACCAGCUUGUUGAAACUGCAUGAUUUUCUUAUGAUUUGAAUUUUUACUUUAGGUCGUUACUCGACUGUUUGUUCCUCACUAACGGUCAGGUGUUGGAAAUAUUACGUACAGACUGACAGGACAGACUCAGUGUAGCGUGUAAACGUGGUUGGUUUGUGAAAACCAGCUGUUUCAGGCUUAAAUGCGUCUAGUUUACUGUUACCACCUUUAAAAAAAGAAAAAAAGGGCAGAUGUGGUAUUAUGACUUCCCCUGUAUCUUCCCUUCUAUGUAAUAACAACUAUCUACAUAUUUGUUUUUUGUUAAAGUAGCAGUUAGUCCCUGUAUAUUUGCUUUGAAAAUUUUAAAAAUUGCCCCCCUUUGAUACAGUAUUUUAGUGUUUUGGUUCUGGGUUUACUCUGUUUAUUUCUUUUUUUUUUUCAUAGGGACGGGUGGGGUGGGCCUAAAUUGUGCAUAUGCCAAUUAUGUUUAUAUUUUUUGAUUAAAUGUGUUACAUUUUUUGUUUUUCUUUUCUUCUUCUCCCUCCCCCCUCUUCAGUCUUCUUCUUUCUUGACACAUUGUAAAGUCAGAGCCAGAGAUGACAGACAGUUCUGAACAUCAGAAACAAACUCAAUAAACAGUUUAACCCAC